AUGAUACAAUCGAAUCAUUCAACAUCAGCAUUCAAUUAUUACUCAAAUAAUCAAACUUGUCAACUGUUCUAUUCGAACGUCACUUUCAUCUAUGUCCAAUAUCAACUGAAUACCGUUAUUUUAUUCGUUAAUCAAUCAAAUCUAGCUAUUCAGUUAGCAAGAUCAGUCGUACGACCAACAGUGUGUCCAUCCGCUGUUUGGAAUCCCAAUGGCACUACUAUUGCCGGAUCAGCCAGUGGUAAUAGUGGAUCAUCUUCAUCACAACUCAACAAUCCAUUCGAUAUCGCAGUCGAUUCAGCACUGAGCCUGUAUGUGGCCGAUUAUUCAAACUAUCGUGUCAUGAAAUGGAUUAAUGGCAGUGCUAAUAGUACAGUUGUCGGCCCACAAUUAGGCUUCGGCGUCGGUCCAGAUACACAACACCUGCACAGUGCCACAGCACUUUAUUUAGAUUCGACGGAGUCAAAUCUGUACAUAGCCGACACGCACAACUGUCGCGUUCUCAAGUGGAAUAUGGUAUCGAACAAUGUCACAGUGGCUGUCGGAGGUUCAGGGUGUGGAUCUUCAUUGAACACUUUUUAUUGGAGUGAUGGGAUAUAUGUUGAUCGGUUCAGCAAUAUCUAUGUUUCGGACUGUAACAAUGAUCGAGUACUCAAGUUUCCUCCUAACUCGACUUCUUCCACACUGAGUGUCAUAGUCGCUGGGACUGGCACUGCAGGUAGUGCGUUGAAUCAACUAAACACACCCAGUGGUAUUUUUGUUGAUGAAAGUGACAACGAUACAUUGUACGUUGUUGAUCGCUUGAAUAAUCGAGUGAUGAAAUAUCGUGCUAAUGAUACGAAUGGAACAGUGGUUGCUGGUGGUAAUGGUCUUGGUAGCUCGUUCAACCAAUUGUACGAUCCACGAGAUGUCUAUGUUGACUCGUUCGGUACAGUUUAUGUUAGUGACACUGCAAAUCACCGAAUCAUGAAAUGGGUGAAAAAUGCAAAAAAUGGAACGUUGGUAGUGGGUGUGACUGGUGUGACUGGUACUACACCGUCAAGGCUGAACAAUCCGUAUGGAAUUCGUUUGGACAAAAGUGGAAACUUGUACGUUGCUGACUAUACAAACGAUCGCGUUCAACGUUUCACCAUUGACAAUAGUUCUUGUUAG